AUGGACCCAGAGGAGAAAUCCUACUCCGACCAGGGAGUGCAGCUCCUGGACAUCAGCUCCAACUCGCCCUCGUCCGAGUCCAAAGGCGCAGAGGAGAAACCGCCGUACUCCUACGUGGCUCUCAUCGCCAUGGCCAUUAAUGAAAGCUUUGAUAAGAGACAGACGGUGAGCGGAAUAUAUCAGUAUAUCGUCUCCAAGUUCCCUUAUUAUGAGAAGAAUAAGAAAGGCUGGCAAAACAGCAUCAGACACAAUCUCUCUCUAAACGAGUGUUUCGUCAAGGUGCCCAGAGAGAGCGGAGGGGACAGGAAGGGCAACUACUGGAUGCUGGACCCCGCUUUUGAGGAUAUGUUUGAGAAGGGGAACUACCGGCGGCGGAGGAGGGUGAGGAGACCCUACGGACCCCCCAGCGUGCCUUAUCUGUCCGGGAACCCCGUGGAGUAUCCCGAACCGCUCUACCUGCAGCCUUAUGUGGGCAGCUCCUGGAGUCUGUGUCAGCCCGGCUCAUCCCAGCCGGCCAGUUACCGAGCAGCCCAAGUGCUCACCCGCAGCGUCUCUCCGAGCUCCUACUGCCCGCCGCCCCACCUCCACCACCCUACCUACGGCGCUUACCACCGCCACCAGCAGCCUGUGUUGGUUCCCCACAACGGAUGUCCGUACGGCGGAGUGACCCAGCCGAUGAGCCCGGACGCUGGCACUGUUUCCGUGGCUUGCAACUACCAGCAGUUCACCUCCUAUGCGAGGCAAGCGGAGCUGCCGUUCAGUCAGUCAUUUGGCCUGUAA